CGUCAUUCUGAGGAGCCGCCUCGAGCCUCAGGCUGCGGAGGAGGAGGGCAGCCGAGGGGGAACCCGAGCGCGGGCGAGCUGGAGGGUAAGGUGACCGUGCUCCUGUCUGAGACCAGCCCCUGCACCAUCGGCAACCCUUUCUCCUGAUUCUGCAGCCUCUUCUGUACAGCUAAUCCUUUCCACACAGACCAAAGACAGAUGGCUGAUUCUGACCCUGGUGAAAGAAACUAUGACAACAUGCUGAAAAUGCUGUCAGACCUGAAUAAAGACUUGGAAAAGCUAUUGGAAGAGAUGGAAAAAAUCUCAGUGCAGGCCACGUGGAUGGCCUACGACAUGGUGGUGAUGCGCACCAACCCCACGCUGGCGGAGUCCAUGCGGCGGCUGGAGGGCGCCUUCCUCAGCUGCAAGGAGGAGAUGGAGAAGAAUUGGCAGGAGCUGCUCGACGAGACCAAGCGAGCGCAGUAGGCCCGCCCGCCCCGCGCGGCCCGAGCGGGCUUGGCCGAGUAGCAGCGACCCCGGAGCAGGGCUGUGCGCAGAGCUUGUUUCUCAGUAAACUUCUUUCCAAGCACAA